UUACUUAUGUUCUAUGCCGAAAACAACAAAAACAAACAAGAAAAUAAAAAUUUUUGCUCAAAAUACUUGGUAUUGAUAGGGAACAAAUUAAUUACCAUUUUUGUAAUAAACAAUUUAGAAUCUGGAUAAUCUGAUAAGUAGGUAUGUCUCAUAGUGAUAGUGAAAUUAAAGAUCAUGUAAAAGAAAAAAUUAGAAAACAGUUGCACAUUGAAUUUAAAGCAAAAACGAAACUCUCGACAGCUGAAGAUUUGAGAAAAUUGAAAAAAAAAUUAGAACCUCUUUAUCCAGAAAUUAGAUUAAUACAAGCAGUAAGUGUUCACAAUACGGAAGAGGUUAAAAGACUUUUAGAAUGUGGUGUUAAUCCAAAUAGUACUGAUUCUCAAUUACGAAGUGCUUUACAUGUAGCAGUAAGUAAAGGAUAUGCAGAUAUAGUCAAGAUUUUGUUAAAUUAUGGGGCUGAUCCCAACAAAAGAGAUGUAAUUUAUAAUACUCCAUUACAUUUAGCAGCUUGUAUACAUAAUUUUUCUAUCAUUUCGAUGCUUAUAAAUGCAAAAGCAGAUGUUAGUUGUUUGGAUAUGCACGGACGAAAUCCUCUGCAAUUAGCUUCAAGUAAAUUAGAGAUACUACAAAAAGGGUGGAGACAAGGAGCUAUUGAAAUGGUUAAACUAAGAGAAGAAGUGCAACAGGUCGUGGAUUUACUAUUAUCAAUAUUAAUGAGGGGUAUAGAAGAAAAAAUGGAAAAACUUCAGUCUGAUGUAGAUAAUUUACAGUUAAUGAAAUUAUCUUUAAAUUCAGGACCACCUGAGGAGUUAGAUGAUCAAAUGUCUAAAUUGCUUAACGACAUAGAGAAAUUUAAAUUAGCAUAAAUAUUUUAUAACCCUGAAAACAUUUUGUAAUUACUACAUCAUUUUUUAUGUCAGUAUUAACAAGCAAAUAUAUAAUUAUAUUUAGAGAAAUAUCUAUUAAAUAUAUCAUUUUAACAUAUGUUUGGAUUUGCAAGGGAUAAAGUUCCUCUAAAGAGGUAGGUGUUUUGCGUUUUCAGGACACAGAACGUGCUUAAAAGUGAACUUUUUCCCGUACACUACCUAGAUAAUUCGUUAUAAGU